GAGGGAUAUGUGGCUGAAGAAGUUCUUACAUUUUGCUCUCGAUACUUAGAAGGGAUUGAGACAAGAUUUAAUAGGCCACCACGUGUUGAUGAUCGUCCGGAUGAUAAUUACAGUACACAUGUCGAUUCCCUUUUUCCACAAAUGGGGAACUCAAAGGGAGCUUUCACAGUAUUUGAGUUGUCACCUAUGGAAAAAAAAACAAGCACAUCGAUAUGUGGUUUUAAAUUGUCCAUAUGUCAAACCGUUUAUUGAUGACUUCAAAGAUUUUGUACGAAGACGAUCUAAGGGUAGAAGGCCUUCAAAUGUAGAGAUAGAAAAAAGAGUCAAUAAAGAUUUUGUUACUUGGUUUCCUGCGCAGCUUAUGAACCCAGAUAUUAUGAAUAUUGUGCAUGAGGAUUUGAGAUACUUAGCAAGGGGUCCAUCACGAUAUGCCAAGAGGUUUUCUACAUUUAGUAUUAAUGGUUUCUCCUUUCGAACUACCAAUCGAGACAAAGGGUUAAAGACCCAGAAUAGUGGAGUUUUUUUAAUGUCUUCAACUCCUUGUGUUGCUAGCGCUAGUGAUGCUGAUGUUAGGAAUGCUGAUUUGUCAUAUUAUGCCAAACUAGAAGAUAUUAUAGAACUAAACUACAAUGGCCAAUUUCGGGUUACUUUAUUCAAAUGUAAAUGGGCUGACACCACUAGAGAACGGGGCUGUAGAAAGGAUAAUUGGGGUUUUACUUCUGUUAAUUUUUCACGAGUAAUACACAGUGGUUUAUUAGUGAAGGAUGUGCAUAAUUUGCCAGAAGGUUUGCGCAUAGUUGUCAAUUUUGAUAGACAACAUGCAGCAAUAGGAGAAGCAGCCGGACUCCUUGCAGGAAUUUGUGGGCAAUUGGCCACUGAUUGUGUAGCAUUUCCAAUCAGUUUUGAUAAGUGGUCAGACAUUCCAGAGAGCUUUUUUGAAAAUCAAUGGAAUAUUUUUUUCCAAGCUCGAUUUUGCUUCAAAGUAUGUGAUAGCUUGGCCAAACGAUUUCUGCUCCAAUCGCUUGGCAAAAAAUGGAGGGAACAUAGGAUAAAGCUUUGGAAUGAGUUUUAUGAUCCGAGGUUGAGUAAAACCGAGAUCAUAAAUAAUACACCAGAAGAUAUUGCUCUUGAUCAAUGGGCUUUAUUCGUAGAAUAUCGUUUGAAACCUGAAACUCAGAAUCUUUGUAAGAGGAAUCAAGAAAUUCGGCAAAAACAAAUAAUUCCUCAUACUUCAGGUGCUAAAUCAAUUGCAAGAAGAAGGGCUGAAUUGACGGAAGAGACGGGAAAAGAAGUUAGUAGGGUUCAAAUGUGGGACAUCACUCACAAGAAAAUAGAUGGAAGUUAUGUUAAUGAAAAGGCUAAAGAAAUAGCGGAGAAGAUUGAAGCAUAUAGCAGUCAAUAAGCAGUGGAAUCAACCGUUAAUUCUCCUCUUGAUGCUCUUGGAGUAGUUCUUGGGAAAGAGCACCCUGGUCGUGUUCGAGGUUUAGGCAUGGGAGCUGUUCCAACUGUUGCUUUCAAGAACAACACCACAAGAAUUAGUCAGAUGAACUUAGGUUCUUCAAAUGAUGCUAGCACAUCAUCUACUUGUGAUCCCAAUGUGCAAAAAGAGCUGGAUACUGUUAAAGCGCAGUUGCAAGCAUUAAUCUCUUAUAUUGCUUUUAAGGAAGGAGGUAAAAUUCCAGUGGAAUUGGCUGGAAUGUUUCCUACUCAACAAAUUUCACAGCAUAAUUAUUAGUACGAACCUCGUCAAUGACCUAUCAGAUACAAUGGGAUUGGAUCAAGAGAGUGAGAUUCCAUCACCAAGAGAGUUAGGAAGUAGGUCUUCUGGAGCGAACAACAAAGAAGCAUGAUCUUGUAUGAUAAAGAUUUUAUGUAUUAAGUAUUAUAGAUAUAUGUUAAGACAAAUUAUUGAAAAAUGUUAUCUUUGAUACUUUGUUUUUGGAUUAUGAUUUUUUAUUUUUGGAGACUGUGUAUGAAUUAAAAAUCUUGUUAUGAUGUUUGAUUUAAGGU